AUUGUUGUGAUUAAAGCUUGCAUUAAACUGAUCACUUAGUUCAUGACCCUUGGUUAACUUAUUCAUCAAAAGUGUAAUAGGCUGCUAGACAUAACUUGAAUGAGUAUUGCAUCCAUAACCAACGAGAGUAGAUGUUAGGGUGUAUUUUGAAUAGAUCAGACUUGAUUCCUAAUGUUUGUUAUCGCAUCUCAGUCCAGAUGAGAGUUUAGGUAUUGAGAUCGAUCUACAAAAGGUGAAGCUCCUCGAGAGUGCGCUGAUUUACUUGUAGUGUUCCGAGUUCCAAACUUGCUUUUUUUAUUGAACUUGAAUAAUUGUUUGGCUCACAAUUGUUUGACACCCGAUGAAAAAAUCCUAGGCUAGCAUCUUAAUCAUCGGAGAACCACCAAUCAAACCUGUUAUUUGUUCUUUACGCAAUCUUAGUUUAAAUUCACCAAAUUGUUUUAGCUUGACAUUGAUAUCAUAUAAGUAAAGUGUAAAUUAGUCCUCUGAAAUUGAAUCUAAAAUAUUACAAUUACUACUAUUAACUUGACAGUGACAAAGAUUCAAAUUUAAUGUAUCACUCAUCUUUUAUAUAUAUAUGUGCGUGUGUGUAAUCUGACUAUAUCAAAUAAAACUUCAUUUAUUUUCAUAUGGUUCUAUGAUCAUUUUGAUCUUGUUAUAAUAAAAAUUUUAAACAAUUGAUCACAGAUUUUUUAAUACGAGACUUUUAAUAAUUUUGUAAUUUAUAGUUGUUUUAAAGUUUAAAAUGAUAAUAUCUAAGAAAAAAUCUAGAUUUUAUUAUAUGGUUAAUGUGAUUUCAUAUAUCUUCUCUCUUUGUAUAAUAGUUUUCUGGCUCCACCAGUGACAAUAUUGUUACUAUAAUUUGGAAAGGCUAUGAAAAAAAGACAGAAAGAAUUGGCUAGGAAAAUAAGAUACGUACAAGAACCUCCAUCUCAAUCUUUUCCACUGAAAAAUUCUACACCUUUAAUAAAAAGUAAUAUCUAUAAUCAAUAGAAUUUAAAAUCUAUGUGGCAAACACUGAGAAACGAUGCCGUCGGCUGCACAUGAUCCAUGCACGCAUACACAAUAUAAAGCUCUCUGCUCCUUCCACAAAUUUCUCACUUGCCUUAGCCAGCCAGUGAAAACAAACAAAGCUCUCUCUUCUCUCUAUGUUUUUCAUCUCAAAAUACGAAAUUAUAUCAAUUUUUUAGAACAAUAUAUCAAAUAUUAUGAAAAAAAGAAAUAGAGAGUCUCGAGCAAGAACGAGAUGUCGAUAAGACGUAUCUAUCGAUGCCUUACUGUUCUCAUCAAAAGAUCAAGUCCUUCCUUCGUAUGAUCCAACACAAAACCACAACACGUUAAUCUCUCUCUCUCUCUCUCUCUCUCUCUCUCUCUCUCUCUCUCUCUCUCUCUCUAACUUCAGUUAUUACAAUCACGAAUCAAGAUUCAAGAAUGGUACGGACACCGUGUUGCAGAGCGGAAGGGCUGAAGAAAGGAGCAUGGACUCAAGAAGAAGACCAUAAGCUCAUCGCCUACGUCCAACUUCACGGUGAAGGAGGCUGGCGAACCCUUCCUGAUAAAGCUGGUCUCAGAAGAUGUGGCAAAAGCUGCAGACUGAGAUGGGCCAAUUACCUUAGACCUGACAUUAAGCGUGGUGAGUUUAGCGAAGAGGAGCAAGAUUCCAUCAUUAGACUCCAUGCCAUUCAUGGCAACAAAUGGUCGGCGAUAGCUCGUAGAUUACCAGGAAGAACAGAUAACGAGAUCAAGAACCACUGGAACACUCACAUCAAGAAACGUCUGGUCAAGAAAGGUAUCGAUCCGUUGACCCACAAAUCACUUAAUGGUAAAUCAUCUGACCAUACCGAGACACCACCGGAUAAAAGCAGCGUUCAUCAGGAUGAUGAUGAUCAGAAGUCAAACAAGAAUAAUGCGUUAGGAUCAUUAUCAGCUCGGUUCUUGAACAGAGUAGCAAACAGAUUUGGUAAGAGAAUCAACCACAGUGUUCUGUCUGAUAUUAUUAAUGGAAGUGGUGCCCCAUUUACUAGUCACACUACUCCUACUACAAGUGCUUCUGAAUGUGAAAAGUCAUCGAGUUCUUUCUCCACACCAAACUCUUCAAAUCUCCUCAUUAAUGAAAACAUGGUCCUCGAUGCAACAUCUUUGUCCUCGUCCACGUUCUCUAGCGACACCUCUGACCCCUCAGUAUACGACCAUAUCUUCGAUGACUUAGAAGAUAUGACCACAUUUUCAUCAAGAUUUUUGAAUGAUGUUGUAUCUCAUGAUGAUGUAGAUUUCUUGAUGUUGGAUGAAUCUUGUUUGGAGAAUACUUCGUUCAUGAGGGAACUUACAAGGAUUCUUCAAGAGGACUACGUUUAGUGAUAGUCGUGUGACACCGAUCAGUGAAGUUGAUGUCUCCUUUGAAGGGAUUGACAACUAUUUUGGAUAAAUUAAACAUAAAUGUCAAGAUUUUAAUACAUUUAUAAUGAUGAUGAUGAAAAUUGAGUUUGGCAUGUAAAAUCAAUCAUAAUUGAUUUUGCUGUGUUUUUUUAAGUUUGUGUGGUUUUCUGGCUUAUAGUGAUGUUGUUCGAUUGGUAGGAACUAGGAAGCUACGAAUUGAUAAAACUAAUGUCAAAUGCAUGGUAUGUCUGAAACGGAAGAGACAUUCAAACACUGAUUAACGAAAGAGUUAGAUUACACUAAGGAACACUUUUUGACUUUCUAUUACUCCCAGAUACACUUCUGACAUGUGACAUAUUUUGUUGUGGGUCAGCGACAGAUUGUGGAUAAUUUUGCCCUUAAUGGAAAUAACAAUUGUGGAUGGGUGAUUUGGGGACGAGUGAUGGGUGAUGAGUGGUUGGGUGAUUUGUGGACGGGUGAUGUGUGGAUGAGUGAUGAGUAAUGUGUUGACAUGUAAUGUUAAUGUGUUUAUAGUAGAUAAUGUGGACAAACUCUCUGUUUUGAUUCCAUAAAACUAUACAAUAAUAUGUGGACAUGGUCUCAUGUUACUAAAAUUAUACCAUAAAAUGUGGACACGGACUAUGUUAUCUCCAACACAAGCACUUGGCUUCUUCAAUCUAAUUGAUAAAUUAUAUGCAAUUAAACUUCAAUCAAGAUGAGAAAGAGAUGAUAUUGUGAGUAUGAGCGGAGAAGAAUCGAAGAAGCGUCUACCUUAUGUCGGAGAGCAAUAGAUCUUACAGGUCAGAGAUUUCCGAUCUAAGGAAUUUGCGCUUUGUCGUGAUGUGGAUCGAUGUAAAUUUGAUUAGAGUUGAAUUUAGAUCCCGAGAUGAUGAAUGAAAUCGAAGGAAUAUUGUCCAUGUCCACAACUAGUUUAUAAUUCUGUUAAGAAGUCAAUGUCCACAACUAAUUUAUAAUUCUGUUAUCCUUGCUUUGGUGUCCACGUCCACAUUUAUUUUUGUUUACACAUUAAUAUAUAUGAAAAUGGAUCUUAAAAGAUAGAGAAUUUUAUAUAUAGUUUAUUAUGAUAAUUAUUUUUGUUUAAUAUAUUUUAGAACUCGAAAUAAAAGUAAAUAUAAACUUAAAGUAGAAUAAGAAAAAUAAUAAAUUAAAUAAGAAGAGGAGAUAUGUUUUCUUUAGUUUAGGGUCAUAAGAGUUUUUUUGACAAAAGAAAGUGUGUCUCAUCUGAUAAUUGUCUCGUAAUAUAAUUUGAACUAGGG